GUAUUUUUCAUCUAUACCAAUUCUUUUUCUUAUCAAACCCUAGAAACAAAAAAAAUCAAAUCAAAGCUAUUUAUUGAUAAGAGAUAAGAGAUUUAUAUCUUCUACAGAGAUUUUCAUCAGAGAUUUGUUCUUCAGUAUUAUGGAAAUCAAAGCAGCUACCAGAGUACCGGGCAAAUCCUUGGUGUUUGAUCGGGUGAAAGUUGGAGGGGGUGCAGCUAAGAAUGGGGUUUGCAAAUAUUGGAUGGCAGGGUGUUGUAGUCGAAGUGAUUGUAGGUUCUUACAUCCCAAAAUACAAGUCCCAGGGAGUAAGAAAUCAUGGAAGAAUCCGAAUUACCAUGUGCCUAAGACAGUUCAGAUGAUUGAGCAGAAAGAUGUGUCGAGGAGACAUGGGUCUGAAUCUCAGGUUCAAAGUGUUAAAAAGCCUUUUCUUGUUGGGCAAAGUGCUCAGACGAGUGAAGUGAAAGAUGUGACAAAGAGACCGAAUAAAGAGCCUAAAAAACAGUUGUGCAAGUACUGGGUCACAGGGGACUGUGUUUAUGGUGAUAAAUGCAAGAACUUGCAUUCAUGGUACUAUGGAGAUGGGUUUACCAUGCUGGCUAAGUUAGAAGGGCAUACUAAGGCUGUUACGGGAAUCACUCUUCCAUCUUCUGACAAGCUAUAUUCAGUUAGCAAGGACAAAUCUAUGCGGGUUUGGAACUGCCAUACUGGUCAGUGUUGUGAAGUUGUCCACUUUAAUGAUGAAUGUGGAAGUUUGAUGUGUGACGGACCAUGUAUUUUUGUUGGAUUGCCAAAUGCUGUGAAGGCUUGGAAUCUCGAGUUUCAAGCUGAAGUUGCUCUUAAUGGACCAGUGGUUGGUCAAGUUUAUGCGAUGGAGGUGGGAAACAGUAUGUUUUUCGCUGGUACCCAGGAUGGAAACAUAAACGUGUGGAAAACCGGUUCCUCUGAAGUGGCAACAACACUCAAGGGUCAUACUGGUGCUGUGUUAUCACUUAUUGUUGGAGCCAACAGACUCUAUUCUGGGUCCAUGGAUAAAACAAUAAAGGUGUGGGAUCUCGAUACUUUGAAGUGUUUGCAGACGCUACACGGGCAUUCUGAUGUUGUGAUGUCUUUACUUUGCUGGGAGAACGUUCUUUUAUCCGGCUCCUUGGAUGGUCAAAUUAAAGUUUGGGCUGCCAAUGAAAGUGGAAGUUUGGAAGUUGUCCAUGAAUCUGAUGAAGGACAUGGCAUUCUUGGAUUCUGUGGGAUAACUGAUGCAGAGGCCAAGCCAAUUUUGCUGUGUUCUUGUAACGACAACUCUGUGCGUCUAUAUGAGUUGCCAUCAUUUACUGAAAGGGGCAGGAUUUAUGCCAAGGCGGAAGUAAGAACGGUACAAAUAGGCACUGGAGGUCUCUUUUUCACCGGCGACGCCACGGGACAGCUGACUGUAUGGAAACUGAAUGAAAAAUCAAGUGCAGAUGUAUCUUCUUAGUAUCUCUUGUAUUUAUAAAGAGCUGCCUUCUAAAAUUGUAGAAGCUGCUCAGCCUAUUAAUAUUGUAUACACUUUUGAACCCUUCAUUAAGCUAGAUCAAUUUUUUUUAA